GUAUUCUGCUGCCAGGCCAGUUAGCGAUGUCACUUUGUAAAGAAACACUAGGUGUCUAUAGACUGAACACACAUGCACAUGACGUCACCUUUUUCACAAAUUAAUGUUUUUGUAAUUUACAUGGAGAUGAUAACGGUAUCACUUUUUGAAACCCGUUUUCAAAAAUUUGCGUUUUCACGCUCCCAAAAUGCCAUUGUCAUGUAAAUGAAUGGCAAAAACGCAUAAAGGUUUCAGUUUUUAGUUCAUGUAAAUGGAUCCAGUUUAUCUGCAUUGUACAGAUACAGAACAGAAUGAAUCACAAUUGUUUCUGAUGAAUUGAGCUCCUCCCACUUCAUAUAGAGAUAGACACACCUGCUAAUCUGCUGUAGUUCAUAUAUUACCUGAAGCUCAGAUUUGUAUGCUCAUUUUCCCUGCUGUGGAUGUGAAGCUUAAAACCUGGUAACUUAGGUCAAACUUGGCAAAAGUGCAAAAUGGCAUCUGAAGGUUUUUCUGAGGAGGACUUCACUUGUCCCGUGUGCUUGGACUUUUUCGUAAAUCCUGUUGUUCUACCCUGUAGUCACAGCAUCUGUUCAGAGUGCAUUCAGAAGUUUUGGGAAAGUAAAGGAUCUAAUGAAUGUCCCAUUUGCAGAGAAAUAUCCAUGACGCAUGAUCCACCGGUAAAUCUGGCUUUGAGGAACCUGUGCGAGACUUUUCAACAGGAGAGAAGUCAGAGAUCUUCAUCUGAAGGUGAAACGGUUUGCAGCGUUCACAAAGAGAAGCUCAAGCUCUUCUGUCUGGAUGAUCAACAGUUCGUGUGUUUGGUGUGUCGAGACUCCAAAAUACACACCGACCACAAAUUCUGUCCCAUAGAGGAAGCAGUGAACUACAAUAAGGAGAAACUCAGAGAUUCACUGAAACAAUUACAGGAGAAACUGGGAUCAUUUGAGAAUUUUAAACUGACUUUGGAUCAAACUGCUGAUCAUAUUAAGAAUGAAACUCAAGAUACAGAGGAGAAGAUCAACAAGCAGUUUGAGGAACUUUAUGAGAUUCUGUUAAUCGAAAAAGAAGCCAGAAUAACAGCGCUGAGAGAGGAAGAGAAGCAGAAGAGUCAGAAGAUAAUGGAGAAGACUGAGAAGACGACCAAACAGAUUGUAUCUCUCACAUGGACAAUCAGAGACAUAGAGGAGCAGAUGAAGGCUGAAGAUGAUACAUUCCUCAAGAACUUCAAGAACACAUUGAAAAGAGCCAAGCGUAGCCCACCAGAUCCAGGGAAUGUCUCAGAAUUGCUGAUCGACGGCCCAAAAUACCUGAGCGACAUGAAGCGCACUGUGUUACAGAAGAUUGAGGGUUCCAGCGGGGACCACAGUGUCAGGGGGGGCCCCGGCUUUAGAGGGAACAAGAGUAGCAGAAGGGGCCAAAAUUUUAGGGGGAGCACUAAUCACAGGGGGGGCCAGAAUCCCAGAGGGGGGCCACAGCUCCAGGGGGCCCCAGAGUUCCAGGGUGACAACCACUGUUCUGGGGGAUCAUAUAGAUCAAGGGGGGGCUAUAAUCACAGGGGGGGCCAGAGUUCCAGAGGGGGGCAACAAUUCCAGGGGGGCCCAGAGUUCCAGGGGUGCCCCGAUUUCCAAGGGGGGGCAGAGUUCCAAGAGAACAGCCACAAUUUUGGGGGAUCAUAUAGGACCAGGGGGGGCCAUAAUCACAGGGGCACCCAGAGUUCCAGAGGGGGACCACAAUUCCAGGGGGGCCCAGAGUUCCAGGGGGGGGCAGAGUUCCAGGGGGACGGCCAAAAUUUUGGGGGAUCAUAUAGGACCAGGGGGGGCCAUAAUUACAGGGGGGCACAGAGUUCCAGAGGGGGACCACAAUUCCAAGGGAGGCCAGAAUUCCAGAAGGAGUUCUAGGGGAGAUUUCUAUGAGGGUGGGGGACACCGCAGAGGUGUUGGUGCAAAUAUGUAACAUUAAAGUAUGCUAUAAAAAAUUAUAAAUAGCCUACACUGAAAAAAAAAUUGGUGUAGAAACAAUUUUAACUCAACUCAAAUUUCACAAACAAAUAACAAAGAAUCGGCAAGUAAUACACUGAUUUAAACAUGACAUUUUGAAGCAGAAAAACUGAGAUAGUAUUUUUGUGUAAAACGUACUCUAAUCAUCUAAAUAAUAGACUUUAAAAAAGCAUUUUUUUAAACUUUGUACCUUAUAUUCUGCAUUUAUUGAAAUUUAUUUUUUAUUUUCCCAAAAACUACAAAUUUAAGAAAUCACAUUUAUUCUAGUCACAGAGUAAGCUGUGCACAGAUGUUAAAGGCACAAUAUGUAAGAUUUUUGGUGUAACGGCCCUAGUCAUUGCGUCGCCUGUCAAUGACGUCCUCCGCGUUACCCUCGAUUUCAAGUUUUACUUCUGUAGAAACCAUGGAAACACCAAAGAUGCUUUAAUAUAUUGUGUUUUAUUAGACAGGUGAGCACCUGUUUGGAUACCUUUAUCGAUAUUCUAAUAUAUAUUAUUGUUAUAUACAGUAUAUUAUGUAAUAUUAUAACAACUUUCAAUGCACUCAAACUUAUUUAGCAAGACUGUUUUGACCAAGUAUGGUAAAUGUAACCGUAACCAAGUUCAGUGAAGAACGAGACGGGAACCUGCAAACGUUAAACGUAACAUUGAUCGUAAAAUAAACAUAAACAACAAAACGAAAGGAGCGGCAGUGGCCGACUGCGGCAUAUAAGCAUAAAAACAGCAAUGCAAAUUGUCCCAGACUCUCAGCCCCGCCCUGCUUUAUACCACAGCUAUGUUAAUAAAACUUUAAUACAUCAGCUCAUUCCUGAACAUGAUUCUGCCUGAGUCCCAUCAGAUUGCUUUCCAUCGGUUGUGGAGGUGAAGAUGACAACUCCCAUGAUUCCACGCUCAAUCACGGCGUCAACAAGCUACGCUUUUGUUAUUAUUUUGAAUAGGCGACCUCUAGUGGCAAAACUUACAUAGUGUGCAUUUAAGCAUAGAGGUUAGACAUAAGUUCGCAUUUUAUACUUAAGUUUCUUUUUACAUUAUCAGCUCUUUGAAUCAGUGAUGGUUUGUUGAAAACAGCGAAGAACUAGUUUUUUAUGUGCUAGCAGUUUGUACUACUUUAUGAAUAAAACAUAUCAAAUAAGAAAAAACAUGUUAAAAUAUGUUAUAAAAAAUGUAUAAAUGGCCUACACUGAAAAACAAAUUGGUGUAGAAAUUAUUUUCACUCAGACAUUGCUAGUAAAUUUUACAAACAACUACAAAGAAAGUAACACAUUGAAAUAAACAGUUUUGAAGUAGAAAAACUGAAAUAGUACUAUCUUUGAAAAAGCAUUUUUUUUUUACUGUGUACCUUAUAUAUUCUGCAUUUAUUCAAGUUUAUUUUUUAUUUUCCCAAAUUUUAGAAAUUAAAUUUAUUCAAGGUCACAGAAAAAAACUGCACAGAUAUAUGAAGUUAGAGAAACGUUUACAUUUUUUUUUUCAGCUCUUUGAAUCAUUGACAGUUUGUUGAAAAUGACAGAGAACAAUUUUUUUUUUUUAAUGCAACGUUUUCAAGAAGAAAAACAGUUCCUACCAAGCGGCUUUGAGCCUAGUGGAACGAAUAAGUUCAAACAAGAUCGACAUAUUAAGUCGGCAUGAAAUGAAAGUUGCGCUAGUAUUUUCUUCCCUAUUGUGCCAAAUAUCCGAUAGAAACGGCUUUACGAACAAGAACAAAUUUAGGACGAGAAGAGAUGUCGCUGCAAGAGGGAGGGGAAGUUAUUUUGAUUAAACAUUACAAGGCACAUGAAUUAAAAAAAACAAAUAAUGAUGUGCACAGAUAAAUCAUUUAUAAACUGUGAUAUUCCAUAAAAAAAAUAAGAAUUGUCUAUUUUGAUUUCAUGGUGACUUUAAGUGAUAAUGUACAUUUCUGUCACUUAUUACACAGACUUUCACCAUAUAAAUAAUGAUGUGGGCAUGAAAUAUUGAUUUGAGAAGAAACCAGUACCUGUUUAUUAUCUUAUAAUCUAUUACAGUGUACAAAACAAUUGUUCUAGCAACAAGAUGAACAGUUAAACAAUAUUACUGUAUAGGCCUAUUAUUAAUACUGAAGUCUUACUGCUUCAUUUUACAGUAAAUACUGUCGAUAACUGAGGCACACAUAAUUCAUGUGGUUAUGUCAUGAAUUAUUCUUUUUUAAUUUAGCUUUUAUUCUUCAUGUUAUGAUAAUCUAAUAAUAAAGCUCUGAUAUAAUUUGGGUGUUUUGUAGAAUUUACAACAUUGUUCUCUUUUAUGAAAUGUAUAAUCAUCAUAUGAAAUAUAAUUGUUAUUUAGCCUAUUGGUUCUGUCAUAAAUUGUUCUUUUUUAAUUUAGAUUUUUUUCUUCAUUUUAAAUGAUCAUCUGUAACAAUAAUCAAGCUCAUAUGUAAUUUGAGUGUUUUGUUUUAUUUACAACAUUGUUCUCUGUAACUUACGAAACAAGGAAUCAAAUAGGCUAUUUUUUUUUAAUUGUUAAUUAUGAAUUUAGGGUUAGGGUUCUGUCAUAAAUUGUUAUUUUUAACUUGGCUUUUAUCCUUUUAUCCAAUAAAGAAACAACA